GUGGCUACGGCUUCUUGUUGUGGAGGGAAGCGGCUAGGUCCGUUAGCUGUGUAUGUGUUUGUAGACUAGUUUACUGUAGCUAUUUCUCCCAGUAGUUUCUAUCAUGGCGUACCAGCUGUACAGGAAUACCACUCUGGGAAACAGUCUUCAGGAGAGUCUGGAUGAGCUCAUACAGACUCAACAGAUCACUCCUCAGCUGGCUCUUCAGGUCCUGCUACAGUUUGAUAAAGCCAUCAACACGGCACUUGCAAACAGAGUCCGCAACAGAGUCAACUUCAGGGGCUCUCUGAACACCUAUCGGUUCUGUGACAACGUGUGGACGUUUGUUCUGAACGAUGUGGAGUUCAGGGAGGUAACCGACCUGGUGAAGGUCGACAAGGUCAAGAUUACUUAG